AUGAUUGAGAAGAAAUCCAAUGAAGUAACAAUCACAGACAUUGAUCCUGAGAUAUUUGAAAAAAUCCUGAGGUACAUUUACACUGACCAAGUGUCAGAUCUGGAGGUCGUUGCAGCUAGAUUGUUGGAGGCAGCUGAUAAAUAUCAGCUUCUUUCUUUGAAGAAACUCUGCGAAGAAGCACUAAUGAGAUCUUCUAAUCGAGGAAAUAUUAUUGAAAUAGUGGCUUUAGCUCAAAAUUUGAAAGAUUACGCUAUUAAAUGCAUCCAUUGCUGA